AUGCGGGUUAAGAGACCAAGAAUCAUGAUUGUAGGCAUAAUGAACGAGAAAGAUGAUGAGAGUGAUAUGUUAGUUCGAUUUGAUAAUAUCGCAGAAAUGCAAAAUCAUGAACAACAAAAAAUUGGUGUUUAUGCCAUCCAAAAAUUUCAAGGGGAGGGGCUCUCGUACAAAAACUAUCGCAGGAUCGACACUAGAAGUGGAAAGGCUUGUUUAGGCUAUGCUAUCAACUAG